GAUACCCAUUUUACGUUCCCAGCGGACGAGAAACCAAAGAUGCAGAUCUUCGUGAAAACCCUCACCGGCAAAACCAUCACUCUCGAGGUCGAGAGCAGCGACACCAUCGACAAUGUCAAAGCUAAGAUCCAAGACAAAGAAGGAAUCCCUCCGGACCAGCAACGGUUGAUCUUCGCCGGGAAACAGCUCGAGGACGGUCGUACCUUGGCAGACUACAACAUUCAGAAAGAGUCGACGUUGCAUCUCGUGCUGAGGCUUAGAGGAGGUAUCAUCGAACCAUCUUUGAUGGCUUUGGCUCGCAAAUACAACCAAGACAAAAUGAUUUGCCGCAAGUGUUAUGCACGUCUGCAUCCGAGGGCUGUGAACUGCAGGAAGAAGAAAUGUGGCCACAGCAACCAGCUGAGGCCGAAGAAGAAGAUCAAGUGAGCUAUUUAUUAUGAAGCUGAUGAUUGUCUUUUCUCCUUUAUCCCUUCAAGUGAAUUACCCUUUGAUAUGAACCUCGAUUUUGAGUUUUAUAACUUUUAAGUGAUCAGAACAUGGUUGUUUGCCAUAUCAAUUCCAAUGAUAUUUUGCUACUUGAUGUUU